AUGAGAGAAGAAUUAGUGCGUGGUCUGUUUGGGGCAACUCAGAGGGAGCGGGCGGGUCAAACUCCGAGCAACGGAGAUGAUUCCUCUGAUGGUACGAGGGAUAUGCGGUUUGAUGAGAUGCUCCAGCACUUCUUGCGUAUGCCAGAGAUGCUUGUAGACAUUGAGUUCUACUUUGCGGUUACAAUGCUGAGCUUGGCAGAGAACAUUCUCUCACUGUUGUUACUUCCACUCAAAUGUCUGGUGGCAUUCUCACGUUUUGAACGGCGUGAUGCGGUUGCGUUGGUGCUCAUUAUCUUUGGGAUGCUCACAUACGGUUCUCUCUCUAUAUAUACAACUCAAUUGUACGCCUACCUUUACCACGUGGUGCGGCGUACAUCAUUUAUAAAACUUGUGAUGGUGUUUAACAUUCUUGAGGUCGCCGACAGACUUCUCUCAGCUCUCUCGCAGGAGGCGAUAGAAGUAUUGACUGUAUGUGUACAAGGAUGGGGUCGGGGUAGUACACAGUAUCGUAAGAGCAACGUGACGGUGCAGCGUUCACUGUGGUUGCCGAUUGGUAGUGCUGUGCUUUCAGCUGUGUGUGUCGCAGCGCAUGCAGUGACAUUGCUGCUCUCAGUCGUUACACUUAAUGUCGCUGUGAAUGCGGAAGGUCAUCUCUUAUUGGCAUUGAUGAUAAGCAACAAUUUUAGUGAGAUAAAGGGAGUGGUGUAUAAAAAACAUAACAGGGAAUCCCUCUUGCAGGUGGCUGCGGCAGACGCCAUUGAACGGUUAAAGUUUUUUUUAUUUGUUCUUGUUAUGGUAAUGCAACACAUGUAUGAACAAUUUGAUGUUCUUGGCAUUGCCGAUACUUUAUUAGUUUUAUUAGCAGAAGUCUUUAUUGAUUAUAUAAAACAUCUCUUUGUGGCCAAGUUCAAUGGCAUUUCCCUUGGCGUCUAUCGCUGCUAUUCACAACUGGUACUAGUCGAUAUGGCUUCAGAGACGGUGCUGUGGCGACUUGCAGGGUUUCAGGUACGUUGCGUGGAUGAUCCAUUGAGGAAAACAGACGACGUGCGAGGACUUCUCUCACCAAGCUCCGGUUUCUUUCCAAAUUACGUAAAACGUACGGGUUUUAUUCCACUCCCUUAUGUGGCUUUACUGCUAUGGAGUGUUUACCCAUUUGCCAAUUUCUUGCUAGCGCACACACCCCUCCUCUUCGUGCUAUCCCUUGCCGCCAUCGUUCUUUUGAAAGUUCUCGUCUCGGAGUUUAUUCGUGGAAUUGCCUCACGAUUUGUUGUACGCUCACUUAUUGUGGUGAAUUCACACAAACACGACUUAAAUGGCAGUAAAACAACCGCCGUUAUUGAUUUGCCAUUUGGUAUUUCCCCCCUGGGCACACCGUCUCUUACACCGAGAAGGGUAAGCCCAUCAAAUGUAAGUAGUGAACCCGUCGUGACAUUACAGCUUUCGUCUUUUCUCUGUUCUCUUCUUAAACUCGACCCGUUUGAUCUACAAGCAGGGAAAGUAAAACGGUAG